CGGAACCUCGCUCUCUUGGCUUCUGCUUCCGGGUCGGAGCCAUGGCGGUGGCAAAUUCAAGCCCUGUCAACCCCGUGGUGUUCUUUGAUGUCAGCAUUGGCGGCCAGGAAGUUGGCCGUAUGAAGAUCGAGCUCUUUGCUGACGUUGUGCCUAAGACAGCCGAGAACUUUAGGCAGUUCUGCACUGGAGAAUUCAGGAAAGAUGGGGUUCCUAUAGGAUACAAAGGAAGCACUUUCCACAGGGUCAUAAAGGAUUUCAUGAUUCAGGGUGGAGAUUUUGUUAAUGGAGAUGGUACUGGAGUCGCCAGUAUAUACCGGGGACCAUUUGCAGAUGAAAACUUUAAACUUAGACACUCAGCUCCAGGCCUGCUUUCCAUGGCAAACAGCGGUCCCAGUACAAAUGGCUGCCAGUUCUUCAUCACCUGCUCUAAGUGUGACUGGCUGGAUGGGAAGCACGUAGUGUUUGGGAAAAUUAUUGAUGGACUUCUAGUGAUGAGAAAGAUUGAGAAUGUUCCCACGGGGCCCAACAAUAAGCCCAAGCUGCCCGUGGUGAUCUCACAGUGUGGGGAGAUGUAGCCCCAAGCAAGACUGAAUCAGAGUAUCAGCCUGAACGCCUUAGGCAGUUUGUGACAGCUCUCGCAGACUGCAGUCUCCGUGGAGAGAUGUGGCACCAGCUCUGGGUGACUCCCUGCCGGGUCAGCCUGAGCAGUCAGGAGACAGACCUGUCCUGCUUCUCACUAGACCCGACAGGGCAAAUCCAGUUCCUGACUUGUAUUUGCCAGCUUCGUAGGUGAACCUGACACCCUACCCAUUCUUUUUUUUUUUAAUAUGUAUUUAUUUUCAGAGAGUGGGGAAUGGAGGGAGAAAGACAUCAAGUGGUUGCCUCUCACUUACCUCCAACACAACCCAGGCACAUGCCCUGACUGGGAAUCAAACCGGCAACCUUUUGGUCCACAGGCCGGCACUCAGUCCACUGAGCCACACCAGCCACUUUCUACCCAUUCUUGCCACUGCCUGCUCUGUGCUGGGCGUCAUGCUAGGCGUGCUGAGGAGGGCAAAACAUUGAAGGAUGUCUCUACCUUUCAGGAGCUUAUAAGGAAUAGGAUACAUUCUGAGAGGUUAUCACUAGUAAUGUGAGUGACGUUGCCAAGUGUCAUAAGAAUUCAAGGGAGAAAUUGAUCACUUCCAGCUAGAAUGGUGGUGACUUUCUCUCUCCCAUUUUCACACCUGCCAAAAAGUUGGAAGAAUAGGACAUGCAACACCCAUAUACAUUUCAGCUAGAUUAACAUUCUUAUUUAUCAUUUUGCUUCGACACUUGUUUUUCUCUUUCCUUCUUCCGUCCUCUCACAUUCCCAUUCCUUCUUUCCUCCCUUUCCCUUCCUUCAUUUCUUUCCCAUUUGAAAGCUAAAGGCUUCAUGACACUUUACCCGUAAACACUUCACAAGCAGCUCCUAAAAACAACAACAUCCUCCAUAACCACGAUAAUGUCCGGUGUGCAUGUUCAGAGUCCCCCCCGGUAUCUACAAAGUAACUGUUGGAUCUCUAGGGAAAGGCACCCAAUCUAGGUGUACGUAUUUCCUUUAGUUGGUUAUUAAGUAACACUGUAUACUGUAUUUUGCCAUGUAUAAUGUGCACUUUUUUGCCCAAAUUUUUCAGGGAAAAAUAAGGAUGUGCAUUAUAUAUGAGUAGUAUGUAUUCUGUAUCUAUAUAAAUGUUUCUAAUUCUUUUAUUUAUGCUUAUGCAUUAAAAGUAUAACUCCAGAAAGCGAUAAUG